GUACGUCUGUUUUCCCAUUCCUGUAUUCUGUACUGAAUGAAGAAACCUAUUUUGAAAAACCCUUUGAGUUCUAUCCGGAGCAUUUUCUUGAUGCAGAAGGAAAUUUUUAAAAAGAAUGAAGCCUUCAUUCCAUUCUCUAUAGGCAAAAGAAGUUGUAUUGGUGAAACCUUGGCCAGAAUGGAGCUCUUCCUCUUCUUUACAUCCCUACUACAGAACUUCACCUUCCAGGCACCCCCUGGCGCUGAGAUAGACCUUACCCCAGUUCAGGCAGCACUUAGUGAACCAAAGCCUUACCAACUUUGUGCAAUACCUCGCAGCUAA